AUGAGAGGAUUACAGCUACCAUUGAACCAAACCCAGAGAAUAAGACUUCAAAGAGCACUCGAAAAGCUUCACUCUCUCUCUUCUAAGGCCAAUUCCGACGCUUCUGUUACCGUCGCUGAUACUAUUCCCGUCAACUACGACGACGCUUUUCUCAAGGGACAUGGAACGACGGACCUCAACGGCGAAUUGGUGGCAACCGUCUGUGGCGUGGUGGAGCGCGUCAACAAACUGGUCUACGUUCGCGCCUUACGCGCUAAGUACAAGCCAGAGGUUGGGGAUAUCGUAGUGGGACGUGUAGUCGAGGUUGCUCAAAAGCGGUGGAGAUUGGAAAUUAAUUUCAGCCAAGAUGCGGUUUUAAUGCUUUCUUCCAUGAACAUGCCUGAUGGUAUUCAGAGGCGGCGAACUGCUUUGGAUGAACUCAACAUGCGUAGUAUUUUUGAAGAGAAUGAUGUUGUCUGUGCUGAGGUUCGUAAUUUCCAUCAUGAUGGCAGCUUACAACUCCAGGCAAGAAGUCAAAAGUAUGGAAAGCUUGAGAAGGGCCAGUUGCUCGUAGUUGAUCCUUUCCUGGUGAAGAAAAGCAAACAGCAUUUCCAUUACCUAGAACAGUUUGGAAUUGACUUGAUACUUGGACGUAAUGGAUUCAUAUGGGUUGGUGAACAUGUUGAAGCUAGAGAUGGUAUGAUAGUGGAUCAAGCUAAUAAUUCUGAACAGUCCACAGUUGAAAAAGAUCAAGCUUAUACCCCUCUGGAGAUGAGGCAGAACAUAUGCAGAAUUGCGAAUGCUGUUCGCGUAUUGUCUACUUUAGGUUUCAAUGUAGAUGCAGAUUUGAUCAUAGAGACAGCUGAGCUGAGCAGCUCACUGAAUAUUGAUAUACAUGACAUGCUGGGAUCAGAGUUUCAUGUUCUGGUUGCAGAAAGGGAAGCUGAACGGAGAAGCUUGAUGACAAAGAGGAAAAGAUGAUCUGAUAUUUCAUUGUUAACCAAGUGUGAGUUCUCUAUCAAGGAAAGAUUACAAAUUUAUUCUGAUUGAAAGGAAUAUGAUGUAGCCUGUGCAAAAUUAUUCAUGUUGAAGAUAAUUAUAAUUUUUAGUAGAAAAUGUUAAUGGUUUUCCUGCUCAAAUAGAUGAAAAAUUACGCUGGAGUUGAGAGAUUUACAUAAAGGUGAGAACCAUUAAGUUUUAAA